AUGCCACCUGCCCUUACCAAAGACAGCAUCAUUAUAUCGACACCAGACUCUUCAAUGCGGCGGCAAGGCGCACAGAGCGAGAACAAAACACGUCGAAGCCAUCCAACUAUCCGCCCGUCGACGACGACUAGCGACUUCGCACGAUCGCAUGUGGCCAAUUGGUCACCACCAGUACCCGUAACGCUUGAGGCUGAGGCCCUACGAGAACUGAAGACUGAGUGGAACCGACACUCCCGACAGCCUGUCCAAGAUGAGCGCGAUCCAGUGAAGAAGCUUCUUAUCGUGGAUCUACAAGAUUUCGAGAUAUACCGAACACCAGACAGUGAUAAGAGGGCAUAUGAAUUGAUCAGCCUCCACUACCUCGAGAUUCCUCUCACUAAGAAGCUUUGUUUUGACGGCUUCAUAUGCUUAGGCACCACUAAGCAUUUUGUGCACGCUGUGCCCAUUGAGGACACUUCUAUUGAGGGUUACGGAGACUCAGAGACUGCCAGCGUCACAACUUACAUACAAUCAACUCUCGCAGCAAAAGAUACGGUGUAUGACAUCUGGUACAGACUCAACAAAGCCGCCCUAGGUUACAGGGAAUUCCAUAAAUCAUUCCUUUGGGUUGCGCAAUUGGGAAAGCAUGUGAUAGACUACCUGGAGUCGGCGGGCAGUGUGGGACUCCACCACUUUCGCGAGGAUUUCCAUAAGUGGAUGAUGACGCAACGAUUCGCACAAUGCUCAGACUUCGAACGAUGGCACCGUGCCUUCAGACACCAGACUGACUUUCGCGUUGGCGUCAACGCAUAUAUCGAGUACUUUUACAAUCAGGCUUUUAACCUCCCAAACUCGAAACAGCUGCUAGCGCAUCCACUAUGGAGCGAAUGUAUAGCAAAAGAUUUGACAGCUAUCGAACCCCAAGAGGAGGUUAUCAAGCAUACCAUCGCUACGCCUGAAGUGUUUAGUUGCUUCAAAGAUAUGUAUUUCGGUAGGCAACUACGAAAGCAUCGGCCGAGAGAGAAUAUCGCCAUCGAACAGGAGCAUAGGAAGCGCAAACUUAGUUUCGCCAAACGUAGAUCAGUACAACAGACGACUACAACACGGCCAAACGUCUGUGAACCGUACGGCAACUCACCAGUAAGGGUAGGCGACGUUGUUGCACUAACUCCGGAUGAGACAGACUCUAGGGUCUGGCGUAAUACAAACUGGGACUGGCUUGCCUACGUCCAGGCAACGGAGCUUCUAAAAAACGGAGUUCAGAAGUUAUUCGUGCUAUGGAUCUAUCGAUGUCAGGAGACCAACAUCUCCAUAGCCAGGUAUCCUUAUGAGAACGAGGUCUUCUUAUCCGACAACUGCAACUGUACCGAGGGAGAAUUAUUGUCUACUGACAUUAAGGGAAGGUACGACGUAGACUGGUCGCCAACUACGAUUGACACCAACCACUUCUUCAUCCGCCAGACGUACGUUACUCAGGACAGCGCCUUUGUAACCCUUCACUCUGCACAUAUGACUUGUGCAUGUCUAAGACCUACGCCUGAAGAGACCCUCCACCGCGGCGACACGGUAUACAUGGCAAGGUCAUUGCACAACACUGAAAUCCUGGAUCCCGUCGUCGUUCAGCAUAUCAACCACGCGAACAAAAUGAUCACGAUACGCAAACUACUAAGACUAAAGCGUGACUGCGAAGAGCUGGCAAUAAAGGCUGGGCGAGUCGAUCUCACCCCAAAUGAGCUCGUGCUUACCGACGAAUAUGAGGUGGUGGCCAUAUCUCGUAUCCAGAGGCGCUGCCACAUCAAGUUUGUUUCCAAGUCCGACGUUGUAAAUGGUUUCCUGCCAUUCACAUACAAUCGUAGUGGUGCAGGUGAUCUUUGGUUUCUAGCUAUGGGAAUAAUCGCUAAGGGGCAGGGGAAGAGCCUCGUCUUCCUGCGCAGUCUGCCAAGCAGUUUCCACGAAGGCCCCGAUAUGACUUGCUCUCAACCCUUGCGAGGUAUGAGCAUAUUCAGUGGAGGAGGCUCUCUCGAUCGAGGUCUUGAAGAAGGUGGUGCAGUCGUCUUCAACUCUGCUGUUGACCUCAGCAAAUAUGCCAUCCAUACUCAACGAGCGAACUCGAAAAACCCAGAGGCGAUGUAUUUGUUUUGUGGUUACGUCGACGAUCACUUCAAUGCAGCUCUGAAGGGUAAUAAACCGAAAGUCGUACCUCAAAUUGGAGAAGUCGACUUCAUCGCGGCCGGAUCCCCAUGUCCUGGGUUCUCACUUCUUCAGCGGGAUCCUUUCGGUGAGCAGUCACUGCGUAACGCAUCGCACAUCACUACGUUUUGUUCGUACGUCGAUCUAUAUCGGCCGUUGUACGGUGUCCUCGAGAACGUGGUCAAUAUGGCAUCAACGCGUGUUGGAUACGAAGAUCAGAAUGUGUUAUCACAGGUGGUUGCUUGUCUUGUUUCAAUGGGCUACCAGUGCAACCAGUACAUUAUGGAUGCAUGGAGCUAUGGUAGUGCGCAACAACGCUCACGGUUGAUCCUUACUAUAGCAGCACCAGGCCUCGAACCGAUAGCGCAGCCGUGGCACACUCAUGCUCGACCAUUAGAGGAAACUGCUGGGAAAAGCCUUGGUCGUCUACCCAAUGGGGAGCGAUUUGGUGAACGAGAGUACUACCCUACACCCUUUACAUAUGUACCUGCAUCGACUGUGAGUGAUGAGUUGCCUAAUAUUGGAACCGGCGUCAUUCAGACCUGCAUUCCGUUUCCAGACCAUAGAGUGCCGAGAAUCCCCACACGCAAACAACGAGCACUUGUUAAAUGCAUUCCGACACAACCACCGGGCUGUGGUUACAGAGAAGCCGAUCAAAGCGGCCUCAUUCCGACGCUAUUAAAGGAUCUACGGACCGAGGCCGGAAGGGCCUACAGGAGGAUCAAAGCGAAGGGUCUGGUACCAUGUCUCACGACGGGUCUUGCUGUUAAUAAUUCUCGCGCCGGCGCAUUAUUACAUUGGGACCAACAUCGAUCAAUUACUGUGUUAGAAGCUCGUCGUACGCAAGGUUAUAUGGAUCAAGAGCCGAUCAUCGGCAGUCUUAUCGAGCAAUAUAAGAUCAUUGGGAAUGGAGUAGACCGUAAGGUUGCUUUCGCAAUUGGAUUAGCUUUACUUCGAGCUGUUCAGAAGAACGACUCAGGAUUCACGGCGAACGGGACAACACAAACCUCUAAGGAGAUGAUCGAUUUUCCCAGCGAUACCGCGGUCAAGCCAGAUCAGGGUAUCAGUUUCAAGGCCGAUUCCCAACCCAUCGUACCCAAAGGACCACCACUUCCGAAGGAACAGCGCAACGAGAGUACUAAACGGGUAGUCAUGAUGCCUAGAAAACCGCAAAUCGUCGAGACCAUGCAAGAUAAUAAGAGCAGUUUGACACCGUCCGAGGAGGACGCAAAUCUAUCAGAUGGACCCGCACAUGAGUUUAUACAAGCCCAUACGGUCUCACAGCCUAGUAGCUGCGAUCAACAGAGUACUGGCUUCUUUUCCCGUCUUUCCAAAAGUCUGACUUCCAGCAUCGGUAGACUAUCGUUGUCAACCAUGGCAUCUUCUGGACCGGCUAUGAUACCAACGUCAAUCAAGCGCAAUCGAGAAGAUGGCAUAGAAGACAGCACCACGGAAAGCGAGAGCCAUCUGUGCGAGGAGCGACCCCGGAAACAGCUGCGUGUCAGGGAAACGCCAUCGUUGGACAAUUCCACUGCUAGUGAGGCAGAGAAUAGUAGUAGAAAUCAUGUAUUCUCACAUCGGCAUAGCAGAGGAAGUUCGACUAGCUCAUCAAAAACUCGUCAAACUCGUCAUUCAGGAUUGUCCGUGGAAUUUGUCCCAAACAAGUGGAACAAGAAACCAGAGUCAGAGACACAUAAGAGGGGGGAUGGAAGAGUCUGA